AUGCGGCCUUAUUCCUCCAAUGUGCGUGGGCUCUUCGGGCCUUCGGCCACCCAUAGACAACCCAUCCAACCAUGCGUCCGAAUCCUCGAAGCCCAAUCCCUCCGAUUUCAAAGCUCGUCUUCCAGCAAUGGCGGUCAGUCCAAGCGUUCUACUCGCCUCAAUUAUACGUCCGACCGUCGCCGAAAAUCAAGAUCACAGCCUUCAGCUCUGAAAUUAGAAGUUGGGGUGGACUCGCUUGGACAACCAGCCGAAAUUGUCGUUGUGCCAGACAGGAAAAAUCAAACCCUGAAGCUUCGUGAUAAGUAUCAAGUUGCACCGAAGGGAAAUCCAUCUGUCUCGAUCUCUUCGAUACUGGAGGAUCUGGACGACGAGGCAUCAGAUCUGAGCAUGGAAGUCGUUCAUGCGAGACUAGAAGAGAACCGUCGGGCAUACCAAGCAAACCAGAAAUUGGCCAUCUCAAAUUGGGAGGAACUCCGAUCGACUUUGGCGUCAUCAUUCACAUCCGAGCAGCUGUCUAGCUACCUUACCAGUUUCGACUACACUGAAUCGGCUCCUGGGGGUGAUGCGGGGAGGUGGCGGCCGGAGAGUUUGGUGUCUUUUCAAAAUACCGAAUGGCAAGAGAGCGUACGGAACCUCAGGGGCAAAACAAUGCUGGCAGAGCGCAUUAUUCGUGACUGCUGGAAAAUUUCUCUUAUGAAUGAAGUUGGACAGUUGGAUUUGUACCUGCCCCUUUCAUCAAUCAAGUUGCUUCUGAACGCGAAGCACUUCUCAUUUGAUCAGUUGGCAACCCUGCACAAGUCCGGCAUCGACAUCACGCAGUCCUUGGGCUUGGUGAGAAUUACUGGACCCGAGAACGCUUGCGAUUCGAUUCAUGAAAUUAUUAAAGACGCUACUACUCGUAUUAGAGAAGAGAAUGUGGCGAUAGACCUCGCGACUUGCGGUCCCCGUUUGACACCACGAUUCCUGGAUUGGGUGUCUCAAACAUACAACAUUGCCAUAGACCAAUCGCCUUCCAAGGAUUUGUUGAAAAUAUUCUACCUCACUGAAAACAAGGAUGGCGCUGAGAAUGCGCGAAGAACCUUGGGCAUUGCCCUCCAUGCGACCACCCCAACAAACCGGCCAUUUUCCACAUAUCUCCCCGCUAGUGAACCAGCGAACGUUUAUAGCCAUGUUCCCGGCUCUGCCAGCACCUGGUUUGACCGUCAGGCAUUAUGGUUCCGAUGGGCCAUGCCUGCCGCCCAGACUAGUGCCCCUGAAAUCCGAACUCCCCACUUCGAUGGCCAUCAGACCAGACUCUCCGAUGAGCUCCUUAAAGUACUGCAGAGCCCUAAUAAGACAAAGAUCAAUUCUCCGACCGGUCUUACCGUCCAUGAAUCAAUAUCCGCCGCUGUUGGAAAGUGUCUGUUUGGUCAAAAGCCAACUUUCGAUGAGAAAACUCUCAGCGCUACCCAACUUGGUAAACUUUACUUGCCACGAACAUUCGUGACUGACAUACCUCGAAUGAGGCCUUUCUUGGACACGCUUGAGCCAAUUUCCCAUGGGGAUGGAGAGCGGAUUCACAAUUUACGACUACUGCCCUCGCCCGGUGUUGCUGGUACCCUCCCAGAGCUAGACGUGCAGUUUGUAUCCAAGCCUACGGAAACCUCGGUGGAACUUGAGCUCCAAAAGGUCAAGAUCAUUCUUCACACAAACAGUGUUGAUUAUCUUCUUCCUGAGAAUGGUCUUGAUCUACGCUUCACCCAUACCGUCUACAUCGAAGCUUCAGCUGAGACAAUUACCGACCCGGCUGAAUAUGCAAAGUUCAUACAAAGUAUCGAACAACCCUUGCAAGACACUUUCAUCCCCAAAUCAAACGCCACAGACUCCUGGCGCUCGCAUCUCCACUCUGCAUCCCUCCCUCUAUUCGGGCGCAUUAAUUUACCCCGAAAAUUUACUCAACCUCAAUCGUUGAACGCCGACCCUCCUGUCAAUUCUAAUGAGUUGCUGGCCAAUGAAGAAUCGCAAGACGGCUCGACAGCGGAAUACAUGUUUCCACCAAUUGCCAGCAUUGAAGGAACAACUGUGCGACAGUAUGAAUUUGACGGCAGACAGGUGAACCACCGUUUCUAUGACAAUGGUCCAUUCCUUGCAACCCAAAUGAAUGAGAUCACGUUGAAUAUGGACCUGCCUACAGCAUCUGGCAAUCCUGGAGACGUGAGCUCGAACGAGUCUAUCGAGCGCGAGUUUCAUUCGUUCUACAACGCUGCUUGUGAGAUGGCAUUUGGACUGCACAAGCCAAAAAACGCGUGA